AUGUCUAAUUUAGACAAGCUAGUGCCGAAAGAUCGGAAUCUUUCGUUGCGUGAGCAUCAGCUCGCCAACUACAUCAUCGCCGCUAAUAAGCUGCGUGAGCGGCAAACGACGCAGUCGGAAGAGCUUCCGGUCAACGGAAGUGCAGCCGCGUCACGAGGCAGCAGUAGCGGCUAAGAAGAUGAACCGUUGCUCAGCGGUGGAACGAACCGAGUGCAGGCCGCAAAAUGGAUCAAAAGCACUGGGACCGCUUCAGAGAAUCUUCCCCACAUCUUGGCUGGUUCUCAAAAUAAUGCUCAUGAGACGCAUCCAAUUUUCACGGAACUUCUUCAACUUUCGACACACAAAUCCGGUGGACUUCAAUGGCGUGAAGUGGCUAGGUGGGUGAAGUUUGAGGAAGAUGUAGAGGAAAGCGGUAAUCGGUGGUCGAAGCCGCAUUUGGCCACCUUGUCUUUGCAAUCCCUGAUCGAACUUCGGGGUUACCUGGUCAAUGGCAUCGUUAUUUUGGAUUCCGAAGCCACGUCUUUGGAGCAAAUCGCAGAGGAGACUGUGACCGAGUGGAUGAAGAAAGGUCUGGUGAAAUUCGGGGAUCAGGAGCACGUGAAGGAGUCGUUUUUGCACCCGCCGAGCCACCAACGCGGACAAGGUGGCUGGAUCAUCCGAUCACUCGCCGAAAUCGGCAGGACUUACACUGCCAAAAAGGCCGAGUUUUUCCAGAGCAAGGAAUGUUCAGUGGCGAGUAUGUCCAUGGCAGGAGGGGAUCAAGCGCCUCCCACCGCGGAAAGCACCCAAUCGCCGAACACAAACAUGAUGCGCAAACUGCCACCGAAUGUAGAGGCAACAAAUAUCAUGGUAGGAGAAAUGAACUGCUUGGAUCAGCCAACGGUUGCGUUUAUCCGCCUGAAAAACCCCAUCAACCUCGGGGACUUGACCGAAGUUCCUGUUGCAACGCGAUUUUUGUUCGUUUUGCUUGGACCGAAAGAGCGCCAAAAUGCGUCCAAAUACCGGCAAGUCGGCCGGUCCAUGGCAACCCUGCUCACCGACGAGGUUUUCCGCGUCGUGGCUUACAAUGCCGCAACCAGCGAUCAUCUGAUCUCCGGCGUGGACGAGUUCUUGGGAGCUGUGACCGUCCUGCCGCCCGGAGGCUGGGAUCCGACGAUCCGCAUAGAACCCCCAGGAAAAAACCCAGACGGCGAGCACAACCACCCGGAAAAGAGUGAUGCGACGUUGAGCGAGAGGGCUUUGGCUCAGAAGCUGCGGGAAGAAGCUGGCCUCGUUAAAAGCGGGAGACUGUUCGGCGGGCUCAUCAAUGACAUAAAGAGGAAAGCUCCCUGGUACUUUUCUGACUUCAAAGACGGGUUCGCAAUGCAAUGCGUCGCAACGUGGUUCUUCAUGUACUUCGCCUGCUUGACUCCGAUCGUCACGUUCGGAGGCAUGUUGGGAGAUGCGACCGGACAUAGCAUGUCUGCAAUGGAGUCGAUCGUUUCCGGAGCUAUUGUUGGCGUGUCUUAUGCACUCUUUUCUGGGCAACCAUUGACGAUUCUUGGCAGCACGGGUCCAGUACUCGUGUUCGACACCAUCAUCUACUCCUUUUGCCAACGACAGGAAUGGGAUUUCUUGGCAUUCCGAUUCUGGAUCGGAAUGUGGGUGGCAUUGAUGCUGUUGAUCAUCGUGGCCAUGGAUUGGUCCUACACAGUCAGCUUCAUCACGCGAUUCACGGAAGAAAACUUUGCUUGCUUAAUCGCCUUCAUUUUCAUUUUCGAGUCUUUCAAGAAAGUGUACGGCAUCAGCAAAAAGUACCCGAUUAACAUGUCCACGGAGGCUCCGAACUACUUGUGCCAUUGCAAUUCCACAAACACUACCUUCCGAGAGAUGCUCGAAGAAACCGAUCCUUACGAUGGCAGAUGGGGUCUGGCACCAAAAGGACUCUGCGAAGAGGACUACGAAGGCGAACUUUUCGGACCGGGAUGCUUCACCACGAAAUAUUACCCUGACGUAUUUUUUCUGUCAGUCAUUCUUUUUGCUGGAACUUAUAUCAUUGCUGCGUCUUUGAAAAGCAUGCCAGCAACGCCAUUCUUCCCGUCCAAGGUUCGAACUUUCUUGAGCGAUUUCGCCGUGAUCAUCAGCAUAACCCUCAUGACCCUGCUCGACAUGCUGUUCGGGAUCUCAACACCUAAGCUCAUGGUGCCCAGCGAGUUCGCACCCACAAUGGCGGGCCGGGGCUGGAUCAUUGAUCCCUUCCGUGGGAACGAUGCCUGGUGGUCGACGAUCGCAGCUGCAGUCCCAGCUAUGCUUUGUGUCAUCUUAGUUUUCAUGGAUCAGCAAAUCACUGCUGUCAUUGUCAAUAGGAAAGAAAACAAGCUCAAGAAAGGAUGCGGCUAUCAUUUGGACUUGUUGGUUCUGGCUCUGCUGAUUGCCGUAUGCAGCGUUAUGGGUAUCCCUUGGUUCAUCGCCGCCACUGUUCGUUCUAUGAAUCAUGUCAAUUCUCUCAGACUGGAAUCCGAAUGCUCCGCACCCGGAGAGAAGCCGCAGUUUUUGGGCAUCAGGGAGCAAAGAAUUACUUCCCUGCUCAUUGGGUUGACCAUUGGCAUUUCUGUCUUCCUGACGCCGAUUUUGGGGCUCGUCCCGAUGCCUGUGCUGUAUGGUGUCUUCCUGUACAUGGGCCUUUCGUCGUUGAAUGGAAUCCAAGUUUUCCAGCGAAUUCUCAUCAUGUUCAUGCCUGCCAAAUACCAACCAGAUCGUCCAUUCUUGCGCAAGGUGUCCAUGACCAGGGUCCACAUGUUCACUUGCGUCCAACUUGCAUGCUUCGCCUUGUUGUGGACCGUCAAAUCCUUCGAGCAGACCUCGAUUUUGUUCCCGAUCAUGUUGAUUGUCAUGAUUGCUGUGCGAAAGAUCUUGGACAAGGUCUUCACCAGACACGAACUGACGGUUCUCGACGACUUGCUGCCGGAAUUCCGUCGGGAAUCGAUGAACGAAAAUCAAUGCUAA